AUGGCAACUGCCAAGGACGACGCGAAGGCCGACCGCGAGGAUGCCGAGCAAGCGUGGGCGGAGGCGAAAUUGUGGAAGCAGAGUUACUUGGAGGAUCCGUCGCUCAAGAUUUGCGAGAACUUGAAGAAGGGCGAAAAGCCGCGCGAAGAGAAGACGCGCAACGCCGACCUCCAGCGCCGCCUGCGCGUCGUGCAAACCGGCUGCUACGCGGCCAUAGGCCGCGUGAAUUUCUACGAGUUAACGUUGGACUUGUUCACGUUCGGCAAGGGACUGCUCAGGGCCUCCACGGCGUCCGCGCCCCCAAUGCUCUACGAUGUUUGGUACGUGCCGGAGGAGGAGGGCGCCGACGAGGACGACGCCACGCGGGACCCGUGCGCGGCCCUGCUCGCCCGCGGCGGGCCGGGGAGCUGCGCCGGGGGGCAGGGCGCGCCGGAGACGAGGGCCGCCGCCGGCAAGCUGCAGACGUUCCGCUGCCCGAGCGGCGAGGACAGCGACGACGAGCUCUGCCAGGGCCACUGGUCCCACCUCGCCGAGGUCGCGGAGUGA